AUGGCUAAAGUUGCUAUUAUUACAUAUUCUACCUACGGUCAUAUUGAUAUCCUCGCUAAAUCUAUCCAAAAAGGUGUUGAAGAAGCUGAUGGUAAAGCUGAUAUAUAUAGAGUCCCUGAAACAUUGUCUGAUGAUGUUCUAGAGCAAAUGAAUGCUCCUCCAAAACCAACAGACAUCCCAAUUGCUUCUGAAGACAUAUUGGUUCAAUAUGAUGCCUUCUUAUUCGGUGUCCCAACUAGAUUUGGUACAUUACCAGCUCAAUGGUCAGCUUUCUGGGAUAAGACUGGUAAAUUAUGGGCUCAAGGUGAAUUGGAUGGUAAAGUUGCGGGCCUGUUCUUUUCCACAUCCGCACCAGGCGGUGGUCAAGAAUCUACUGUCAAGAACUGUCUUUCCUAUUUAGCUCAUCAUGGUAUCAUUUAUGUUCCACUUGGGUACCGUGACUGUUUUGCAGAAAUGGCUAAUAUCGAAGAAGUACACGGAGGUUCUCCAUGGGGUGCUGGUACUUUAGCUGGUGCUGAUGGUUCACGUACUGCAUCUGAUUUGGAAAAGAGAAUUGCAGAAGUUCAAGGUAAAACAUUUUAUCAAACUGCUUUGAAAUUCUACCCAUCAAUUGAAGAUGAUAAGAAAAAAGAAGAAAAGCAAGAUGCUAAACAGCCAGCUAAAGAUCUUAAAAGAACCACUAAACCUGCAACUGCCAAACCAUCCGAAACUAAACCAGCUGAAGAAAAGAAGGAAGAGAAGGGAUUAUUAUCUUGCUGUUCCAUCAUGUGA